AUCUACUUCACUGGCUGCUCCAUGAACCCAGCGCGCUCCCUGGCUCCCGCAGUCGUCACUGGCAAGUUUGAUGACCACUGGGUCUUCUGGAUCGGACCCCUGGUGGGCGCCAUCAUCGGCUCCCUCCUCUACAACUACCUGCUGUUCCCCUCGGCCAAAAGCCUGCAGGAGCGCCUGGCGGUGCUCAAGGGCCUGGAGCCCGACACCGACUGGGAGGAACGCGAGGUGCGGCGGCGGCAGUCGGUGGAGCUCCACUCCCCGCAGAGCCUGCCGCGCGGGAGCAAGGCCUGA